AUGUCAUUGUGGGUUGAUAAAUACCGUCCAAGAACCUUAGAUAGUUUAACGCAUAAUGGUUCCUUAACAGAAUUGUUAAAAUCUUUAUCUCAUCAACCAAAGGACCUUCCACACUUGUUGUUAUAUGGUCCAAAUGGUAGUGGUAAGAAGACUAGAUGCAUGGCUUUAUUGGAAUCUAUUUUUGGUUCAGGUGUUUAUAGAUUGAAAAUCGAUGUUAGACAAUUUGUUACAAGUUCGAAUCGUAAAUUAGAAUUAAAUGUUGUGAGUUCUCCUUAUCAUUUGGAAAUUACUCCAAGUGAUAUGGGUAAUAAUGAUAGAAUUGUUAUUCAGGAGUUAUUAAAGGAGGUAGCUCAAAUGGAACAAGUUGAUUUCCAAGAAUCAAAAGACGGUUUGGCGCAUAGAUAUAAAUGUGUAGUUAUAAAUGAAGCAGAUUCUUUAACUAGAGAUGCACAAGCUGCUUUAAGACGUACCAUGGAGAAAUAUUCUAAAAACAUCCGUCUAAUAAUGGUUUGCGAUUCGAUGUCUUCUAUAAUCCCUCCAAUUAAAUCUCGUUGCUUAAUGAUUCGUUGUUCAGCACCAACUGAUGAUGAAGUGGUUCAAAAUUUAAUGGAAGUGUCAAAGAAGGAAAACCUUCAAAUCGAAUCAAAUGAUAUAUUAAAUAAGAUAGCGAUUGAAUCAGAUGGUAACUUAAGAUUGGGAUUACUAAUGCUGGAAUCAAUGGCAUUAACAAACGAACUUCAAUUGAAAUCAUCCACUGCCAUUAUAAGACCAGAUUGGUUGGUUGUAAUUUUGAAAUUGACGAAUAAGAUUCAAAGAGAGAGAUCUGUUAGUUCCUUGAUAGAAUGCCGUGCUAUCCUAUACGAUUUAUUGGCACAUUGUAUACCUCCAAAGAUAAUUUUAGAGGAAUUGACAUUUUCAUUGUUAAAAAAUCCAGAAAAUUCUGAUUCAAUUAAAACAAAGAUAAUUGAUUGUUCUAGUACAUUUGAUGAAAGAUUGGCAUUAGGUAAUAAAGCUAUUUUCCAUUUAGAAGGUUUUAUCGCAAAAGUCAUGUGUGCAUUAGACAAUAAAUAG